AUGCUUGAAAAUCUAAUUUUAUUCGAUGUCCCCAGCAAACAUGGCAAGGCUUGGUCUGUAUUUGGAUGGAGAACACGGAUGGUUCUCAAUUAUAAGGGAAUUCCCCAUGAAGUGAAAUGGUUGGAAUACCCGGAUAUAGCACCAACUCUCGAAUCGUUCGGCCUCGCUCCCAACCCGCCGUCUCCAUUGUUCAAACCGUACACUGUACCAACUAUCAAACAUCCAUCUGUUGGUUACAUCAUGGAAUCGAAUGUUAUCGUAAAGGAGCUUGAAAAAUUGCACCCCGAACCUUCUCUACAUCUCGAUAAUGGUUACUACGACAAGGCACGUGCUAGUGCAGAAGAAGCAAUAUAUUUUCUCUUGCCAGAGAUAGUACCCCGAAUAUCAUUUACCAUUCUCAAUGAAGGAAGCAUUGAAUACUUCAACCGCACACGCGGAGAACUGCUUGGUAUGCCUGUUUCAGAGAUCCACAAAUCGGACAAAGCCGGGGAGAACGCUUGGGCCGCUGCGAAGCCCGGUUUGGAAAAGAUGAAAGCUCUGUUGAUGGAGAAUAGCUCUGGGCCAUACAUAGACGGUGGACAGGUUAGUUAUGCAGACUUUAUUUUUGCUAGUUUUUAUGUGUUCUUUGAAAGAGUACAUGGUGAGUCGUUCGAAAGGUUAAUAUCGUAUAAUGAGUGUUUCAAGAGACACUAUGAGGCUUGUCGAAAAUGGAUUCCAGAAUAG